ACUCCCCUUACAAGUUACAAGCAAGUAACUGCUCUCUCUCUCGUCAUUCUAACGAACAAGGCAACUGCACGAAAAUUCGCGCCAUCAGAUCGCCGACGAGCCUAGAUUCGGAACCAUGGGGUUUCAUGGUGAAAAAGGUCGGCCCAGCAAAAGGCAUAAAUCUUCAUCCAAGGAGGAUCACCGGAACGCAUUUGUUGAAGACGAAGAUGCUUAUUAUGGAGAAGAUUUCGACGAAGAUAGUCGUGAUGAAACAAAAAAGAGGGAUUUCACUAAGCUAGAACUGAAGCCUGAUCAUGCUAAUCGUCCAUUAUGGGCUUGCGCCGAUGGUCGGAUCUUUCUUGAAACGUUCUCGCCCUUGUACAAACAAGCUUAUGAUUUUCUCAUCGCCAUUGCCGAGCCUGUUUGCAGGCCGGAAUCAAUGCAUGAAUACAACCUUACACCCCACUCACUGUAUGCUGCCGUAUCGGUUGGACUAGAGACAGAAACUGUUAUCACUGUCUUAAAUAAAUUGUCGAAAACAAAGCUCCCCAAGGAGAUGAUUGAUUUCAUUCAUGCUUCUACUGCCAAUUAUGGAAAAGUAAAGCUCGUGCUGAAGAAGAACCGAUACUUUGUAGAGUCCCCAUUCCCAGAGGUGCUGAAGACAUUGCUUCGAGACGAUGUUAUAUCUCGAGCGAGAAUUUCAUCUGAGGGUUCACAUGGCAGUGAUGCAUUUACUGUGAGCAAAACAAUGGGUGAAAUAGAAGGUAGUCAUGAUGAGCUGCUGAAUGGAGUUGAGUUGGCAGCUGCAGCUGAGGAAAAAGAAACACAUUCAUUUGAAAUUGACCCUGCUCAGGUUGAGAAUGUGAAGCAACGUUGCUUGCCUAAUGCACUAAAUUAUCCUAUGUUGGAGGAGUAUGACUUUAGAAAUGAUACGGUUAAUCCAGAUCUUAACAUGGAACUGAAGCCUCAAGCACAACCACGGCCUUACCAGGAAAAGAGUCUUAGUAAAAUGUUUGGAAAUGGUAGAGCGAGGUCUGGGAUUAUUGUUCUACCUUGUGGUGCUGGAAAGUCUCUAGUUGGUGUUUCUGCAGCAUGUCGAAUAAGAAAGAGUUGCCUUUGCUUAGCAACAAAUGCUGUCUCUGUAGAUCAAUGGGCUUUCCAGUUCAAGUUGUGGUCUACCAUACGAGAUGAACAAAUCUGCCGUUUCACAUCUGACAGCAAAGAAAGAUUUCGUGGUAAUGCUGGUGUGGUUGUGACCACAUACAACAUGGUUGCCUUUGGUGGUAAACGAUCUGAAGAGUCUGAAAAGAUCAUUGAGGAAAUAAGAAAUAGAGAAUGGGGAUUGCUUCUUAUGGAUGAGGUUCAUGUGGUUCCUGCACACAUGUUCAGAAAAGUUAUCAGUAUCACCAAGUCUCAUUGCAAACUUGGGCUCACUGCAACUCUUGUGAGAGAGGAUGAACGCAUAACAGAUUUGAACUUCCUUAUUGGUCCUAAGUUGUAUGAAGCUAACUGGUUGGAUUUGGUAAAGGGGGGAUUCAUUGCAAAUGUUCAGUGUGCUGAAGUAUGGUGUCCAAUGACAAAGGAGUUCUUUGCUGAAUAUUUAAAAAAGGAAAAUUCCAAGAAAAAACAGGCCCUUUAUGUUAUGAACCCAAACAAGUUCAGGGCUUGUGAGUUUCUGAUAAGGUUCCAUGAGGAGCAGCGUGGUGAUAAGAUCAUUGUUUUUGCUGAUAAUCUCUUUGCAUUGACUGAGUAUGCAAUGAAGCUUCGGAAGCCCAUGAUCUAUGGUGCUACCAGCCACAAUGAAAGGACAAGAAUUCUAUAUGCUUUCAAGCAUAGUCCAGAUGUAAAUACUGUUUUUCUUUCAAAGGUAGGUGACAACUCAAUAGAUAUCCCUGAGGCAAAUGUCAUAAUCCAGAUCUCAUCUCAUGCUGGUUCACGGCGACAAGAAGCCCAAAGAUUGGGUCGUAUUCUUAGGGCAAAGGGUCGGCUUCAGGAUAGAUUGGCGGGUGGUAAAGAAGAAUAUAAUGCUUUUUUCUAUUCUCUAGUGUCUACAGAUACACAGGAGAUGUACUACUCUACUAAGAGGCAACAAUUUUUGAUUGACCAGGGUUACAGCUUCAAGAUCAUUACAAGCUUGCCACCUCCUGAUUCAGGAGAUAUGUUGAGCUUUCACCGUUUGGAUGAGCAAUUGGCACUUCUUGGGAAGGUGUUGAGUGCUGGUGAUGAUGUUGUUGGUUUAGAGCAAUUAGAAGAAGAUGCAGAUGAUAUUGCCCUUCAGAAAGCCCGUCGUUCCGUUGGAUCAAUGAGUGCAAUGUCUGGAGCUAGUGGGAUGGUUUACAUGGAAUAUAACACUGGACGGAGCAAGCAUCCUGGGCAGGGCCAGAUUAAGAGUAAGCCCAAGGAUCCUUCCAAGAGACAUUUCUUGUUUAAGAAGCGCUUUGGUUGAAACAUCUCCACUGCUUAUCUGGUUCUUGGUUGCGUAUCUUCAUCUGUGGUUUAGUACAACCGAUUCCGCUACACAUUCCUCAUAUGCUAUCUACAAAGAUUUCUGCCAUCAAUUGGAUUUUUGAGUAGAGGAAUAUGGGUUAAGCGUCUGAGUGACAUUCAACAUCCAGGUGCUGCUAAGUUUUUGUACUGUGCCUUUUUUGAACUUCAAAAAUGCAGGUUCAAAACCUUGUAAAUUAAUGAAGUGGUUAGAGUUGGAAACAUGCACGGGAUUAAAGAAAUGGCAUGAUAAUAUAGAAAAGUUACUUCUGAUACUGGGAGAAGGGGUAUAGUCGAAGCAGCCAAGAUUGUGAAUGUGAACGCCAAUGGUCUGAAACAGAAACGAGUAGAAACACUGCUAAAACGAGCUUUUUAAUUCGUUGAUGACACUUAGAUAGGAAUUGCAUGUAAGAGCGAAUUUCAAUCUGUUUAGUAUCCUUUCUGGUAAUAAUACCUGAGAAAGGCAAUGAAAUGAAAUGUAAUGAUAGAAGUGCAGGCUAUUUUAUUGAACGGUCUUACUAGUGCUACUGCUCCUGGUUGAAUCGUUUUUGUCUAA